CCAUUUUGGAUCAUUUGUUUGGUGAGGAGCGCUGCUGUUCUUUACUCAACACAGGAAUCGAAGGCCGGACACGUCAAAGAACCGAUCAAAAGUCGUUUUGCUCAAUUACUGAUAAGUAUGGGUCCGCCAAGAAGCAAAUCUCGUCGCAUAUCUCCCGAAAGAACGGAGGAUUUCUGUUGGUUUGUCACUUUAUCUUGACAUGGCAUGGCUGGCUAGGUUGGUUGUUUGUGACGACUGAAAAAAAAAAGCUCGAAAACAAGCGGAGAUACUACCUUGAAGCGUCAUCAGAAGAGAAAAUUAAUCUGUUGUCAACUGUUGGUAUAAUUUAAUACACUGUUGUUACCCCUUUGACGAGAUGGGACAAAGCUAGUUAGCUAGUUAACAGGCUUUGUAACUAGUUCAACAAUGUGGCUGCAAUUUAGACUCCUCAAAAUGGUGACGAGCAACAAUAGUUAGCUAGGUGGCUAGCAAGCCUCGCAAGAUCCGGGUUUUCACUGUAGUAAACUAAGCCUUCUGUUAAACCAGGCAAAAAAUGUAAAGAGGCACAUUAAGCAGCUCUUAAGCAAACACAGGGGCCCGUUAUCACAUUGUUAAGUCCAAAUUAAAAUGUAGCUGGAGAGUUUUGUAGCUAGCUGGUGGUGAAGUGUAUAGCUGCGUUGCCUAGCUAGCUAGCACAAGUUGGCUAGCUGGCCAACCAUCAAUAGCUCAUGAUGAGGAAUGUCAUCGACAAUGGCGUAGCAGACCGCGGGCCAGUUUUAUGGCUGUAAAUAGCGACAUGUCAACCUUCUCUGGUAACUUCUGUGUUUUACCUGGUGCCAAUUUGUCCUGGCAUCCACAUGUGUCUGCCAUGGUCGUCCGUAUCCCUGCCAUUCGAAGAGCCUUUGCUGAACUAGCUUAGUGUAAACAGAAAUUACAAACUACAAAAACAAAAAAAAUCAAAUAUGAACGAAGCUCUUGGUAAUAACAAAAAAGUAGUUCUCUCUGCUCGAACGUUUGUGUAGGUUUCUAUUUCACAGUUACAGAGCCUGUCUCGGCAUGGGUUUCGGAAGUAAUGGGAACUCUCAUUUUUGUUGUCAGUUAACGUUACAUUUGCAGCGACAAAAGUCACCAUAAUUGUUUUGCUUUCUGUUGAAAUUGAUUUAUUCCCUGUGUAAACGCGAAUAGUCGGACGUGUCUUUGGCCUUAACUUGAAUGCCCAGCUCUUAACCGAUAUGAUCUCCUGAGAAAUCUAGACUGAUAUUGCUCAUGUAGGUCUAGUCGCAACUAAAUUGAUCAGCAGUCGCACUUUUCCCAUUUGAUCUACAAUGACUUAGCGUGAGUUGGCUGAUUUCCCCCUCCUGUUAGAAGUAGUAUGUAAUCCGAGUAGUCUUAGAGACCUUUACUCUUUCUCCUCUCUGAAAAGGGGUAACUUUAGCUCCGUGCUAGUCAAUAGGACAUAACCACAAAAAUAGAUUUCUUUUAAAAAUUGAAAAAGUGAAACGAUUAUCAACAAUGGGGGACGCGACUUCCCGAAGAAACCAAAUGAGAAACCGACUUCGUGCUCAACUUCGGAAGAAACGAGAAUCCCUGGCCGACCAGUUCGACUUCAAGAUCUACAUCGCCUUCGUGUUCAAAGAAAAGAAGAAGAAGUCUGCACUUUUCGAGGUGGCGGAGGUGCUGCCGGUGAUGACCAGCAACUACGAGGAGAACAUUCUGAAGGGCGUGCGGAACUCCGGCUACUCGCUGGAGAGUUCCAUUGAGCUGCUGCAGAAGGACAUAGUGCAGCUGCACGCGCCGCGCUACCAGUCUAUGCGCAGGGAUGUGAUUGGGUGUACCCAGGAGAUGGACUUUAUCCUUUGGCCCCGCAACGACAUCGAGAAGAUCGUCUGUCUCCUGUUCUCCCGCUGGAAGGGGGCCGAUCACGAGCCGUUUCGGCCUGUUCAGGCCAAGUUUGAGUUUCAUCACGGAGACUACGAGAAGCAGUUCUUGCACGCUGUUGGGCGCAAAGACAAGGCUGGAAUGGUUCUCAACAACCCAAACCAAUCUGUGUUUCUUUUCAUGGAUAAACAGCACUUACAGACCCAGAGCAAGAGCAAGAGUCGGGCGUCGGUGUUCAAGCUGUGCAGUCUGUGUCUGUACCUGCCGCAGGACCAGCUGACGUGCUGGGGAGCAGGAGACCUGGAGGACCAGCUGCGGCCCUACAUGCCCGACUAGACCAGCGCCGCCUCCACUCCGCCUCUACGCCUCUCCUCCUCCACGCCUCUCCUCCUCUCCUCCUCUCCUCCUCUCCGCUAGCGCUAGCGCUAGUGCUAGAGCGCUAGCAGCCCCCCCCAGCCCAGCAGCCCAGCAAGUCGACCGCACUCACCCAUAACGCUCCUCUAUUGAAUAGAAUUGAACUUGUGCUUGGAACUCUCCUUCUUUUUGUUGACCACUCAUUUUCAUCCCAAACCUGCUCAUCACCCUGUCCCCCCCCCUGACCCCCCCCCCCCCCCCACACCAUGACCCCCCCCC